AGCUGGUCUGUAACCGCACCUUCGACAAGUUCUCCUGCUGGCCCGACACGAUGCCCAACAGCACGGCCAGCGUGCCCUGCCCCUGGUUCCUGCCCUGGUACCAGAAAGUGAAGCACAGACACGUCUUCAAGACCUGUGGGCCGGACGGACGGUGGGUGACAGGCCCGCGGGGACAGUCCCUGCGCGAUGCCACACAGUGUGAGCAGGAUGACGAGGACCUGAAGGCGCAGGAAAAGUUUGCCAGGACCUAUGGCAGCUUCAAGGUGAUGUACACUGUGGGCUACUCUGUGUCCCUGUGUGCGCUGCUGCUCGCCCUGGCCCUGCUGCUGGGCUUCAGCAAGCUGCACUGCAUGAGGAACUACAUCCACAUGAACCUGUUCGCCUCCUUCAUCCUGAAGGGCGUCUCCGUGCUGGUCAUCGACGCCCUGCUCAAAACCCACUACAGCGACAAGAUCGACGGCUACAACGUGCAAGUGUGGCUGAGCGACGAGGCAGCUGCAGGCUGCAGGGCAGCCACAGUCUUCAUGCAGUACGGCAUCGUGGCCAACUACUGCUGGCUGCUGGUGGAAGGCAUCUACCUGCACAACCUGCUGGUGGUGGCCGUCUUCUCCGAGAGGAGCUACUUCACCCUCUACCUGUGCAUCGGCUGGGGGGCACCCAUGCUGUUCCUCGUUCCCUGGGUCAUUGUGAAGUUCCUCUACGAAAAUAUCCAGUGCUGGUCCACGAACAACAACAUGGGCUUCUGGUGGAUCCUUCGCUUCCCCGUGUUCCUGGCCAUCCUGAUCAACUUCUUCAUCUUCAUCCGCAUCAUUCAGAUCCUCGUUUCCAAGCUCCGUGCGCACCAGAUGCGCUACACUGACUACAAGUUCAGGCUGGCCAGGUCCACGCUGACGCUGAUCCCGCUGCUGGGCAUCCACGAGGUGGUCUUUGCCUUCAUCACGGACGAGCACGCCCAGGGCACGCUGCGCUACGUCAAGCUCUUCUUCGACCUCUUCCUGAGCUCCUUCCAGGGUUUGCUGGUGGCCAUUCUCUACUGCUUCGUCAACAAGGAGGUGCAGGCAGAGCUGCUGAAGCGCUGGCAGCGCUGGAAGCUGGGGAAGGACCUGGCUGAGGAGUACAAGCACACCU